UGCGUGUGAGUACGUGUCUGAAAGAUAAGAGAGAAGCAAGGUUAAAAGUUAUCUCCUAUAUCCUCCCUGUACAGAACGUAUCGAGCAAAUGAAACAAAAUCAUUCCGACGAUCCAGAUCCACGAUCCGCAGUUUAAAGGAAAUUCGACGGUAAAUUAUUUACUAAGAUCAUGUCGACAGGCAAAAUUAUAAAAAAAAUAAUUUGUACCGCAAAGUGUCCGGUACCAAUUGGACCAUACAGUCAAGCAGUCUUGGUAGAUCGCACUCUGUAUCUGUCUGGAAUGCUCGGUAUAGAUCCCAAAACAAAUAAGCUCGUCGAUGGAGGUGCCACAGCUCAGGCUAGGCAAGCUCUUGUUAACAUGAGAAAUGUCUUAGAAGAAGCUGGAUCCAGUUGUGAGAAAGUUGUAAAAACGACUAUUCUGUUAAAUGAUAUGAAUGACUUUGGUGGAAUAAAUGAGGUUUACAAAGAAUUUUUCACUGCGAAUUAUCCAAGUAGGACCACAUACCAAGUUGCCAAAUUGCCUUUGUUUCAGUUCGGCUUCAAUAUGUUCCCAGAGAUUCCGCGGCCCUUCAAUACCCAGUACAAGUGCUUCUCAGUGUCGAUGCUGCCUGGCACUUAUCGCCAGGACGUGGAGCGCGGCGGGAAAAUAAUCAUGCCACCUUCCGCUCUGGAGCAACUCACCAGGCUCAAUAUCAUUUAUCCGAUGUUGUUUAAACUGACCAACAAGAAAACGAACAGGAUCACACACUGCGGUGUGCUGGAGUUUGUCGCUGACGAGGGCAAAGUUUAUUUACCGUAUUGGAUGAUGCAUAAUCUUCUGCUAGAAGAGGGUGAACUGUUGAACGUGGAGAGCGUGUCGCUGCCAGUAGCGACAUUCUCACGCUUCCAGCCGCAGUCGGAGGACUUCCUGGACAUUACGAAUCCAAAAGCGGUGCUAGAGAACGGACUGCGCAGUUUCGCUUGUCUCACCACAGGCGACGUGAUCGCGAUCAAGUAUAAUCAAAAGAUCUACGAGAUGUGCGUCCUAGAGACACGUCCCGGUCCGGCGGUUACCAUCAUCGAGUGCGAUAUGAACGUAGAGUUCGCCCCGCCAGUUGGCUACAAGGAACCUGAACGACAUAUCAAGAAAGACGAGGAGCAGAUAGAGGAUCUAGCAAAUCUGAUGCCGGAGCCGCUUGGCUUUGUGCCGUUUAAAGGCGAGGGUGUCAGGUUGGACGGUAAGAAGCGCAAGGAUUGGCCGAAGCAGGAAAAAACAGUGACAAAGCCAACCUAUGUCCGAGGGAUACCCGAUUACGACUACCAAAUAGGCACGCUAAGGUUCUUACGAAACAUGAAGCCAGUGAACAACAAGGAGAUAAAGGAUACUGACGAAUUCAAGGCCUUCACAGGUGAAGGAUUCUCCCUGAGGAAGUCGAAAAAAUAAUAGGAGAUAACGUCGAUUUUUAUUUAUUUAAAUUUGUAUGUAAGUUUGCGAGCGCGUUCAUCGGAUUGAAUGAGUGGUUUUUUGUAAAAAAGUGUUCUACAAUGUGUUCCUAGUUUGUUAUAAAAAAAAAAAAUGACAAAACGACAA